GGUCCAUGCAUGGAGGACACCAAAGGACUGCAUGUUCAUACGAAUGUGGAAAAUUAUCAAUUGUUUUCCAUUUUUGCAGAGAGGAUUUUGUCCUUGGAUGAUGAUAGUGUAGGUACUAGGCAGCAGCUUAAUUAAUGUUUGUCAUGUUAUAACUUUGUUCGGAUUUCUAUAUCUGCCUUUGAAAUUAGACUUCUAUAAAUAAGCAAGCUCCUCCAUCAGUAUCUCAUAUCUUCAACAAGCAUAUUAAAAAGCUUUCUCCUCAUUUGCCUUACUUGUUGGUGACCUUCCCUGAUCCUCAGGUUUUACUUAGACAAACAGCCACCACCAUCUCUGUCUCCAUCUUCGACUCCUCAGGCUUUUGAUGGAUAACCAAAGAGGCGGUAAUCCAGCGGGCAAUGCACUAGUCAAACCGUGGUGGUUCCUCGUGCUGCGUACUGUGCUACACGCUCUUGGGGUGGGAUACAAUUUGAAGUCUACCAAUGGGCAAAUUUUUCCUUUAUUUGUUCGUUGUAUUCUACUGCUUCACGUCGUCCGAUUUCUCGAGUUCGUGCUUCUCUCCUUUCUUCAAUGGUGGUGGAAUAGACCAAACUUAGCAGAACCCUUGUACAAUGCAAGGGUGAAUGAAGCUCUUCUAGCGGCAUUGCAGCAAAGAAACGAACCGAGAUUACCGGAAGAUGCCCUUUUAAGAUUAAGGCAACUUACUGAAGCAAGUGUGGCAUCCCUAGAAGAAUCGUUGCAAGCAUUGCAAUGCGCCCAAGAGGCACAACAAGAACUACUUGCUGCCUACAAUGAUCGUGAACGGUUCGCGAGGGCCCUCGUGGAUGAGCUUCAGUAUGCUCAACAAGGGGAUAAUCCGCGGUAGAGAUCCGAGGAUGUGGAAGUAUUCUUCUAUUGGAUGUGAAAUCUCAAAACUUGUAAUUCUUAUCGGCACUUCUAUGUAAACCGGUGGAUCAUUAGAAUGUUCACCAUAACUUUUCUCGUUCCAGAUUUUAAUAUGAGUGGAUUUUCAACCCUAAAUUGGGAAUGUGUUGUUACUUUGCUUCUUCUAUAUGUUGUCGAUUCAUCGGUGCUGUAGACGACAGUCUAAUACUAAUAGUAGUACUGUAAUAGCAGUGCAUGCUUCUUAUCCUUGUAAUCGAUGGAUAUGAACACGGUUCAAUCCAAAUAGCA